AUGGUAAAGGCUAUGGAGAAGAUCAUUAACAGGCACGUGAGGGAUGAGAUUCUCAUGAACUCAAGCCUGAAUGUGAACCAACAUGCCUUUAUGAUGGGCAAAUCGACUACAACAGCGCUUCAUAGCCUGGUAGUGAGAAUAGAAGACACACUAGAUCACAAGGAAAUCCUAGCAGGAGUCUUCAUGGACAUCCAAGGAGCCUUUGAUAAUGUGUCCUAUCAGUCAAUAGAGGAAGCACUGACAGACAGAGAAAUUCCUCAAGAAAUAGUGUGCUGGAUAAUGGCUCUGCUCCGAAGCAGAGAAAUAUCAGCCACGGUUGGAGACUCGUCGGUUAUAGUCGAGGCCAGAAGAGGGUGUCCGCAAGGAGGAGUUUUAUCUCCCCUGCUAUGGACACUUGUGGUUGAUGGCCUGCUGAGAGAAGCUGAACAAACAGGCAUUGACCUACAGGCAUUUGCAGAUGAUCUAGUGCUGACCGUGAGAGGGAAUCACAAAGGUACCAUUGAGGACCUUACCCAGCGGGCGGUAGACUACAUCGACAAUUGGUGUAACACAAAGGGUUUGACAAUCAACCCUACAAAAACUGAAAUAGUGACCUUCACGAGAAAAAGGAGGACUAAAAUCUCCCCACCCCAAAUUAGGGGAAUGAGGGUCAAGUCAGUCAAGGAGACUAAAUAUCUGGGUGUAUACUUAGAUCAGAAGUUGACUUGGAACAGGCACAUAGAUCAUGUCAUCGCCAAGGGAACAGGAGCCAUGGGCGCCUGUAGAAGAACAUUUGGCAAAAAAUGGGGCCUCAACCCUAGAUUGAUCUGGUGGAUAUACGAAACUAUAGUCAAACCUAUGGUGGAAUACGCAGCCCUGGUGUGGUGGCAGAAGGCAGAGCAAACUGGGGCAGCUGCAAAGCUGCAACAACUGCAAAGACUUGCUUGCACAGGGGUAUGUGGCACAACAAGAUCAUGCCCGACAGUGGUGAUGGAGUCAAUUUUAGGCGCACUCCCACUCGGGCUGGAUAUAAAGAAAAGGGCAGCAUUAACAGCCCUUAAGACUUGUAGUAAAGGAGAAAUAUCUUCUUUGAGAAGGACGGGUCACAUGUCAAUCCUAAGGGAACUCCCAAGUUUGGAUAUGGAAAUGACGGUCUCAGAUCUUAUGAUUAGGAAGUACGACUUUGAUAAACCCUACCAAGUGGCCAUUGGAGACAGAGGAGAAUGGCAGAAGGUAAGGGAUAAAACAGGAAAGUCGGCGAUGGUGUUUUACACAGACGGAUCGCGGAGGGAGGGCAGGUCGGGACUUGGAGUGUAUGGUAUUGGAACCUACCUCUCAAAGGCCCUCGGUGAAACGCCGACUGUCUUCCAGGCGGAAGUCAUGGCAAUAGAGCAUUGUGCGAGACUGCAGUUGGACAAAGGCCUGAAGAGGAGAGGGGUGCUUAUCCUCUCAGACAGCCAAGCUGCUCUCAAAGCAAUUGACGCCUGCGUGGUGGAGUCUAAAGUUGUGCAGAGCUGCAGGAACACCCUCAAGGCCCUGAGCGAACACAACAGAAUCCAACUUGCAUGGAUCCCAGGUCACGCUGGGCACGAAGGCAACGAAAGGGCUGACGUCCUGGCGGGCGAGGGGGCAAAAUCCGAACUCAUUGGGCCUGAACCAUGCUGUGGAGUCCCAGUGAGCAAAUGCCGAUCAAAAAUCAUAACCUGGGCAGAGGGACAACAAGAAAAGGUUUGGGAAAAUACCCCAGGCCUGAGACAAUCAAAGAUGCUAAUCAAUCCUCUUAGUAAGGAAUGGAGAAACAUCUUCGACCUCCAAAAAGAAGAAAUAAGCCUCCUGAUAGGUCUACUUACAGGGCAUGGCUAUGUAAGGAAGUACCUUAAGACAAUAGGGCUUAGACAGACAGACCAGUGUAGAUUCUGUCUCAAUGAAACAGAAUCAGCUGAGCACAUAUGGCUGGAAUGUCCGGCGUUAGCCCAUAAAAGGUUGAAACACCUAGGAAAGGCAUUCCCGUUGCCUACUGAAAUAAGAGAAAUGGGUGUGCACCAACUGAUUGGCUUCGCAAGAAAACUUCGGUUAGGUGACUAA